AUGUUUUUUCUCUUACAAACAGGUGAAUCCUCAUUUGCCGCCAGUCCAAUUCCUGCCAUCCCGGAAUUUUCAUUGAGUCCACGUCCUGUCCUCUCAUCCCCUAAACGAUCUGAGGACGCACAUGCUUUCUCCUCCAGUAUUGUCUGGCCUUCGGUCUCUCUUUCUUCCACUGAUCCCACUACAGUAAUACAUUCCAGCGAUGCAGCGAAAACAGAAGGUAUAGGCAAAAUUGGACUUGCGUCAUCUGCUUUGCUCCCAAAACCUGGCCGAUUUCCAUCUGCACAGACUGCUAUGCUAGCUCCAUCACAAACUAAGCAGACAUUGUCUGCCGCCGCCGCCCUACUCGAACCAGUUGGAGAGCCAUGGUACUUGGGCCAGCUGAGCCGGGCUCAGGCGGAAGCGCUACUUCGGCAAGAUGGCGACUUUCUGGUGCGGGCAAGUGGACAACAAGUCAACCAGUUUGUGCUGAGUGGGAUGCAGGAUGGCCGAUGCAAGCACCUCCUUUUGGUCAAUCCUGAGAACCAAGUGAGUAGGCCAGUUGGCGGGAAAUUAUUACAGUUCUUAUUUGAGCGUACCCUUUUAGGCGUUCUUUUUAUCCUUUUUCAAUAA